AUGAGCCGAGACGAGCUUAUCGAAUUGGAUAAGAAAAGAAGCGAGCACGCACUAACAUGGUGGAGGCUUUGGCAAGACUCGUACCUGUCUGACCUUAAGCGAUUUUACUGUCGCAGGGGCAAGGGUACGAGAAUUCCACGUGUUGGCGAAGUCGUCUUAUUAAAAGAGCCGAACAUCAAGCGAGUUUCAUGGCCGACGGCCAUUGUUACUGAACUUGUCCCUGGCUACGACGACAAGGUGAGAGCUGUUACCCUACGGCUACGAUCGGGAAAGGAAACCACCCGAGGCAUCCAGACUGUCUAUCCUCUAGAAGUAGAAGCCGAUAUCGACACACUAGUCGACGACGCUGAAGCCGGCGAAAAGGAGAAAACUACUUCGAAGAAGAAAAAGAAGAAUCCGCUCCGUAAGAAGAAAUCGGAAUCGCACGAGGGAGUUGGCGAUUCCGGCGGGGAGGAUGUUGCGGAUUCCCAAAACGAAGACAACUACGGGGUUUUCAGAUUUGGAAGACCCGUCAGAAGACCUGCUAUUUUUGAUAUUUAA